UUUUAUUUGUUCGGACCCGCAGAACUUUAAUUAAACUUAAUUAGGACAAAUUUGUAGCAUUAGUAAGAACAGAGAGCGACUCCCCAGUAUUUAUGGAUGAAAUCAUAAAGAGCACAUUGCCAUAUUAAGUUAUGGGUAAGGAUCAGCACUUACUCGAGGCAGCACGAUGCGGCGAUAUAAAAACGGUGGGUAAACUAUUGGAUCUAGCUGCCAGAAGGCAUGGACCAUUGUCCAGUUUUCGGCGUAGCCCUAGCAUCAAUGCCCAAGACGUUAAUGGGUAUACACCGUUGCACCAUUCUAGUCUCAAUGGUCAUGUUAGCAUAGUGCGAUUGCUAUUGGCCCAUAAUGCUCAACUUGAUGUACCAGACAUACGUGGCUCCACGCCUCUCUUUCUGGCUGCUUGGGCUGGCCACCAGGAUAUUGUCAAAAUGCUGCUCAUGCAUAGUCCUAAUCCGGCCAAUCCCAAUGCUCAGACAAUUGAAAACGAAACACCGCUCCAUUCUGCAGCGCAGCACGGUCACAAUGCCGUAGUGGCCAUAUUGCUCUCGUAUGGAGCAGAUCCGGCCAUUCGAAAUAAUAGUUUCCAAACAGCUUUAGAUCUAGCAGCUCAGUUUGGUCGAUUACAGGUGGUGCAGACACUACUACGUGUCGAUCCUGAUCUAAUAAUGGCCUAUCGAAUUGGUCAAGAGGAUAAUCUGGCCGAGCUGCUUGGCUAUGCAACUUUAUAUGCCGCUACCACACCCACCAAGCACAUCUUCACCCACACCUGUCUGCAUCUGGCCAGUCGCAAUGGCCACAAGAAGGUAGUGGAGACAUUACUUGCCGCCGGCGUUGAUGUUAAUAUACUUACCCACGCGGGCAGUGCUCUUCAUGAAGCCUCUCUUUGUGGAAAAAAAUCGGUUGUAGUUACUCUGCUUAAGGCAGGUAUCGAUGUGAAUGCCACAGAUGGAAAUGGACGCACAGCUCUCGAAAUAUUGUCCGACUAUCCGCCCCAUGUUACCUAUGAUAUUGUAGCUGUUAUAAACGAAUUCGCCAAAAUGUCGGAGGUACAGUCACAAAUGUCCGCUAUUGAUCUUAGCGUGGAGAGUGGCACGCAAUCGCUGCCAAAACGAUUAUUUGAAAAGAAUUCGCAACGCAAGAAACUGGUCAAACCAAACGAUCUAACCAGGGCGAGGAAAAAGCAAGAUCAAGCAAACGGACUUUCGCACUCUUUAAGCUCGCUGGAUCAAUAUACCAAGGUGCCAGAGAAUUAUCUGGACAUGAAGCCAAUUAAGCAGCAAAAGUCCCUCAACGAUGUGGCUGAAAUUGGUGGCGGUAGUAAAGAUAUGUUGCUGUGUUAUCAGCCCGUUUAUAAGCAGCCGUAUCAGAGUGCCCUUCUUCAGACGACCAAUAAUUUCUCAAGCUCCUCGGUACCAUCACAAUCCUAUGAGUACAUUAAUUUACUAAGAAACGGUGGUUCAGGCAGUGAGGACAAUGCGACCACUAGCAGCAUAUCAAUCUCUGCUUCUUAUCAACGGCCUACAUCGCAAUAUGUGGAAAUGUCACUGCAGGCCCCAGUGCCAAAGCCUCGCACCAAAUUAAAUGGCAGCCUCAAGGAACACGAAGUUACGUCAUGUGUUGUGGAUAACAACAAUAACACGGGCAAACAAUUACGUGGUGUGCGUCAUUCACCCACACCAGAUUAUCCACCGCCCACGGUUAUGGAAGCAGAGCACGCAAUUAUCAAUUACAUGCAACCGGCAACUCUCCGCAAGGGUGGCUUGAUGGAUAUGGAGGCCAGUGAAUCACCACGCACCACUUACUCCUUCUCCUCCGAUCAGGUGGAGGAAUUUGUUGGAGAUGUUCCAUUUGCUGGCCUUCUCAAAGGAUCAACACUAAAUUUGGCACAAGACGAAGUAGAUGGCCGAGAAUACUUGCGUUCGCCCAGCAUGGUGCGAUCGGUGAAUCGACGUAGUUUGGCCAAGCAGCGUUACUCAGCAAGUGGCGAGGAUUUCAGUGCCUCACGUGUGUGGGCGGAAAUCGAUACCAUUUUUGAGCAUAUAGGCAAUGAGGUAUCCACAGUACAGGAAUCAGAGCUGGAGCAGGAAAAGGAAGAACCAGAACCGCAAAGCUUGUCCAUUGAAGAUCCGCGACACUCUUUGCAAAUGAGAAAGCCGGCAGAGCUGUUGCUUGGCAAAUCGCAAAACUCUGCUUCCAAUUGGUGUCACUCGCCCUAUACUCUGAUGUAUGGGGAAAUUCGUUACUCGGUCUUUUAUUUAGGAUCGACGGUAAUACGUCAAUUACAGGGCACCAUGUCGACACGCAAAUCCAUUCAGAAACUAAAGAUUGAUGAGGAGAAGAUAAAGUCAGCUGCUAGCGUCAGUGAUAUUAGCUUACUUGAAAAUUGCACAACUUCUACCAAGUAUCUGAAAGCCGCCAAUCUGCAGACGCGUCUAAACGUUGAUAUUGCCGUCUCUUGUAUGGGAGUCAAGUUUAUAGAUGAUGAGAAAAAGGCUGCGAUCUGUUCGCAUGAUAUUGAAAAUAUCAAUUGCGUGUGCCAGGAUACAGAAGAUCUGCGCUAUUUUGCCUAUAUAACCAAAGAACAGGAUUUGCAUUAUUGUCACGUCUUUAUGGUAGACAAUUUAGAACUGGCCAAGGAGAUCAUUUUGACACUAGGCCAGGCUUUUGAGGUGGCCUAUCAACUAGCUGUAAACCGUUAGGGUGCAUCCUUGCCUGAUGGGUGCUAAAUCACAAAAGUGCCUAAUUGAUUCGCGUCCAAUAUUUUAUUUAUUGCAUUUUGAAUGUGAAUGUAUUUUUCAUUUACUAGUCUUUGAUGCCAUCUUGAUGUUGACUUUGUCUGAGAAAAAAAGGUCAGCAAAGCUAAAGUAUUUAUACAUUUUAUUAUUAACGAUUAAACGGAUACGAUGUUUUACAUGCAAA